AUGGGCAAAUCUCCAGCUCCGCAGGCCGCCUCAGCUAAUACAACAAAGCUGGGCAUGGUAAAGUCAAAAGCUUAUUCUGUUGGGAAACAAUUGGUGAAAAAACGACUGGGAAUUGAUUUGGAACAGCCUAAAGACAGAGGUCCUGUCCAUUCCUAUGAUGUCAAUCUCAAGAGACUCGCCAACAAACAAGGAGCACCACAAAUGGGUGACAAAAUGAAGGCACAACAAAUUGCUGCACGCCAAGAUACUUGCCAUAUCGAUCAUUACAAUAUAGUGGUGCCCAAACUCUCUGCGUGGCGGUUAGAACAAUUAUAUUCAGGAGAUGUGGCAGUUCAAUUGUUGACAAGGUUGGAUUGCAUUCAAACGGGCAACGCUUUAUUUUCAUGGGCAGAACGGUAUCCAGACUCUCAGAAUCAACCAUGUUUUCAAUACAUUGCCCUGUUAGACAACUACACCGGCACAUUGACAUGCAACAAUAGAUUUAUUCAGAUUGUCAAUUACAACAAUCGAUUCAUGGGUGAUGGUGUCAGUAAAUCCUCUCAGUCUGCCCGCGGAGCUCCUAGCUCCACGGAAGGGCCAUCAGAGGCCCCAGGUUGUCUGCCGCUAGGUCACGGCGUGCAGGCAGAAGAUCUCGAAUUAGUGGCCUGUCAAGUGUUGUUUCCCACGCUUCACUUGACGAAUAUUUACGCCCUCUUCCACCAGGAGACUGCCUUGGCGACGACCAUCGCUGUCGCUCUUCAGUAG